GGAGAUGGGCAAGGCAGAGAGAGCUUAAAGGUGCUCAGGACUGGGGGUGAGUGAGAGCUGAGUGGAGGAGACAUCUGUGCAGCCCUUGGCAGGUGCUCCACACCCAGAGGCAGCAGAUGUCCAACAGCAGCUCCAUCAACCAGUUCCUCCUCCUGGCAUUCGCAGACAGGCGGGAGCUGCAGCUCCUGCACUUCUGGCUCUUCCUGGGCAUCUACCUGGCUGCCCUCCUGGGCAACGGCCUCAUCAUCACCACCAUCGCCUGGGACCACCACCUCCACACCCCCAUGUACUUCUUCCUGCUCAACCUCUCCCUCCUCGACCUGGGCUGCAUCUCCACCACCCUCCCCAAAGCCAUGGCCAAUUCCCUCUGGGACACCAGGGCCAUCCCCUACUCUGCAUGUGCUGCACAGGUCUUUUUCUUUGCCAUGUUCCUCUCAGCAGAGUUUUAUCUCCUCACCAUCAUGUGCUAUGACCGCUACGUGGCCAUCUGCAGACCCCUGCACUACGGGUCCCUCCUGGGCAGCAGAGCUUGUGUCCACAUGGCAGCAGCUGCCUGGGCCUCUGGGUUUCUCAGUGCUCUGCUGCACACAGCCAGUACAUUUUCACUGCCCCUCUGCCAGGGCAAUGCCCUGGGACAGUUCUUCUGUGAAAUCCCCCAGAUCCUCAAGCUCUCCUGCUCACACUCCUACCUCAGGGAACUUGGGCUUGUUGUGGUUAGUGCCUGUUUAGUGUUUGGGUGUUUUGUCCUCAUGGUGGUGUCCUAUGUGCAGAUCUUCAGGGCUGUGCUGAGGAUCCCCUCUCAGCAGGGAAGGCACAAAGCCUUUUCCACCUGCCUCCCUCACCUGGCCGUGGUCUCCCUGUUCAUCAGCACUGUCCUGUUUGCCUACCUGAAGCCCCCCUCCAUCUCCUCCCCAUCCCUGGACCUGGUGGUGGCAGUUCUGUAUUCAGUGGUGCCUCCAGCAGUGAACCCCCUCAUCUACAGCAUGAGGAACCAGGAGCUCAAGGAUGCCCUCAGGAAAGUGAUUUCUUCAUUGUUCAACAGUGAGAGAUUUAAAGCCUCUUUCUAG